AUGCCAGCCCUCGUCACAGCCAAAAUCCCGCCCGUCAGCGACAGCGGAUACCAGCUGAAAGUAGCCGCAAAGGCCAGAGAGUUCCAGAAGAAGGAGAAGGCGAUAUGGUGCAAUGCUGACCAGUUCGACUCGCUGCUGGGCAUGGGCACGGUCCAGAUCGAGGUGGCGAUUGACCCCAACGCCCGGAAGAAGAACGCCACGUUCAUGGACCGCAGUGGGGGCAGGAUGAAGCUGCCGGUAUACACCGGGGACGACGACAUCUCGGGGAUGGUCGAGCUACGGCUGCAGAACACACGCAGGCUGGAGCACCUGGGGGUCCGAAUCGAGUUGAUCGGCCACCUCGAGAUGUACAGCGAGAAGUCGCUCUCGACCGAUUUCAUCUCGAUGGCCAAGUAGCUCGAGCCUGCAGGCAGCCUCACCGAGAACAAGAGCUAUCGGUUCCUCUUCCCGAAGUUCGAGAAGGCCUAUGAAACAUUCUUCGGGGUGGCCGGCAGUGUCCGCUACUUCCUGAGGGUCACUGUGGCAAGGAACUAUAACUUGAGGGUGACCAAGGAGGUGGACUUCGCGGUGCAACUGCCGACCCCCGAACUGGCCAGCUAGGAGCAGGCCUCGAUCAAGCUCGAGGUCGGCAUUGAAGAGUGUCUGCACAUCGAGUUCUAGUACAACAAGGCCCUGUACCACCUCAAGGACUGCAUCUUCGGGAAGGUGUCGUUUCACCUGGUGCGGAUCAAGAUCAAGGUGAUGGAGAUCGCCAUCAUCCGCAGGGAGAUCGUCGGACAGGGGCCCAACUCCACCAGUGAGAACGAGACGCUCGUGCGGUUCGAGGUGAUGGACGGGUGCCCGGCCAAGGGCCAGAUCAUCCCCACCCGGAUCUACCUGUCGGGGGUGGACCUGACCCCCAGCUACAAGGACAUCAACAAGCGACUGGCAGUGAAGCACUUCCUGAACCUGAUCCUGAUCGACGAGGAGGAGCGCCGGUACUUCAAGCAGCACGAGAUCACAAUCUACCGCAAGAAAUGA